GUCACAGUUCUCUGAAUUGCUCGAGUCAACAGGAAAACUAUGAAAACUUUAAAUUUGUUGGGUCACGAACGGACUUUUUAGCAUUUUAAACACUCAGCAUGUCAUCACAACCGAUCGCUUAUCCCUGACGCUGGUUUGUGCUUCUGAAAAGCGGAAAAAUUCACCUUUCACGAUGCUUUCGGUUGUCCAGAUGACCCAGGAGUGCGAGGGGACAGUCGGGGUGAGGAGGAGAGAGGUGGGCUGUCAGAGCGACUCGAUACAGAGGAGAGACGCUGCUGUCCAGGUGAACCUGCUGACUCAGCAGCUCAGCUGGAGACACUGUCCAGGUGAGUGUGGUGUGCCAUGGCAGUGUGUUUCUGUCAGAGCAGGUGAACCAGGUGGGGGCGCUCUGCUGCAGCACUGCAGCUCACAGAAGACACACACACUGGACACAGAACAGCCCAGCCCCCCCCUCUACCUGCUCUGCUCCCCCCUCAGACACACACUGAUACCCACAAUGCCUCUGUUCACACCACCUGCACCUCCGGCUCCUCAGCAGCCCGAGUCCAAAGAGGUCCAACAGAACACCUGGUUACGCCCCCCGCUGCCUCCUGGACUCAUCGCUCCUCUGAGCCCCCGCCUGGCUGAGGAGGAGGAGGAGGAGGAAGGCUCGUCACAAUGUGAGAACAAUGAGAGUCUCCGGUCUGACAGACAGUCCACAGUCACAGCAGAGAAGAAGAAGAGGAGGAGGAGGAAGUCUCAGCGGAGCGAAGGCGGCGAUCAAGGCGGCAACAUGUGGGGUGAAAAGUCCCGGCCGGUCACACUGACGAAUCACAUCGCAGGAAGAGUUCAACCCAAUGAGGGGACACCCAGCAGCACCGUCCACCGUGACAGGAAGACGAACGGUGACGAGAGGUGUCAGCCCGGCUGUCACCAGGAUGCCAUCCAAUCAGAAGCCAGGAGCUCCAUCCAAUCAGAAGCCAGGAGCUCCAUCCAAUCACAGGACAGGAGCUCCAUUCAAUCAGAAGCCAGGAGCUCCAUCCUAUCAGAGGACAGGAGCUCCAUCCAAUCAGAGGCCAGGAGCUCCAUCCAAUCACAGGACAGGAGCUCCAUUCAAUCAGAAGCCAGGAGCUCCAUCCUAUCACAGGACAGGAGCUCCAUCCAAUCACAGGACAGCAGCUCCACCCAAAUAGACCGAAAUGAGACACAAGGAGAAACAUGGCAAUGCUGCAGGAAGAGAGGCAUCCAAACAGGACGACCUGCUGCACAAAUCCAACACACCCGAGCUGAAGGAGGAGAAAACAAAACGAUGGUGAAGGAGGAAGAGGAGGAGUUGUUAGUGGAGGAGGGAGGACCGAAGAGGAGGUGUACUGAAGAGCAGAGGAAGGAUGAGUUGAUGGUAAAGGAGGAGGCGGAGGAGGAGGCGGGGCCAAGGAGGAAGAUGCUCGGUUCACCAAUCAGAUACCUGGUCGAGUCAGAGAAGUGGUUACGUGGCCUGUCUGCGGCCAAUCACAGCACAGCUACAGAAGCAAAGGCAAAAAGGAAGCUGGGGAGGCUGAAGAGGGAGCACCAGGCGGAGGAGGAGGAAGGGACAGGAGGGGUGGAGCUAACCAAGAGGAUAGACAGCAGCAGGAAGGAGUCCUCAGAGGACGGAGUGGACGGAGGGUGGCAGCUCUGUCAGGCAUGCGGUCUCACCUUCGCCUGUCGGUCCUCUCUGCAGCUCCACCUGUCCGGGCACAGAGCAGGACUCCGGCUCAGCUGCCACCUCUGCCAGGAGAAGUUCAGCUGUCACUGCCGUCACCGUGGCACCCGAGCUGCUGGAGACAAACAGGAUGCGGAGGUCAAUGGCAACAACGGCAGAGAGAGGAAAGAGAGAGAAGAGAGGAGCAAAGAGGGUGAGGAAGAGACCCUCCUCCCAGCUUCCACCAAGGCUCCUGAUUGGUCGAGACGCAGAAAACGUGUGUGCAGAAAUCCUCAGUGGUGGGCGGACUACCAAACCACAAUGAAGAAGAGGCUGGUCACUGAGAGGUGGAGGAGACAGCAGGAGAGAGAUGGAUGGAGGGGGAGGAGGUCAAAGAGGUGUAGAGAAGAAGAGGAGAAACACACACAGGGACCUGUCUGUCUGAAGGAGCAUGGAGGAGGAGAGGAAGGAGAGAGGAGAAGAAGAGAUGGAGGAGAAGAAAAGGAGGAGGAGAAGGAGGUGGCGGAGCAGCCUGAGAGACCGAGGAGGAAGAUGGUGGGCCCACCAAUCAGAUACCUCCUGGAGUCAGAGGGGCCGUCAUAUGGACAGUUAACUGCCAAUCAGGACGGAGUGAUGGGAUUUAAACAGGGUAGAAAACCACAGCAGAAGAGCAAAGAUGGGGGUGGGGCUUCAGAUAGCACAACAAUGAUUGACAGGUCUGACGCUGCAGAGAAACAGACAGGUGAUAUGAUAACAGAGAGAAAGACAAGUCAGAUGAUCACAGAGAGACAGACAGGCCAGAAGGUCGCAGAGAGAGAGGAGACCCUCCUCCCAGCUUCCACCAAGGCUCCUGAUUGGUCGAGACGCAGAAAACGUGUGUGCAGAAAUCCUCAGUGGUGGGCGGACUACCAAACCACAAUGAAGAAGAGGCUGGUCACUGAGAGGUGGAGGAGACAGCAGGAGAGAGAUGGAUGGAGGGGGAGGAGGUCAAAGAGGUGUAGAGAAGAAGAGGAGAAACACACACAGGGACCUGUCUGUCUGAAGGAGCAUGGAGGAGGAGAGGAAGGAGAGAGGAGAAGAAGAGAUGGAGGAGAAGAAAAGGAGGAGGAGAAGGAGGUGGCGGAGCAGCCUGAGAGACCGAGGAGGAAGAUGGUGGGCCCACCAAUCAGAUACCUCCUGGAGUCAGAGGGGCCGUCAUAUGGACAGUUAACUGCCAAUCAGGACGGAGUGAUGGGAUUUAAACAGGGUAGAAAACCACAGCAGAAGAGCAAAGAUGGGGGCGGGGCUUCAGAUAGCACAACAAUGAUUGACAGGUCUGACGCUGCAGAGAAACAGACAGGUGAUAUGAUAACAGAGAGAAAGACAAGUCAGAUGAUCACAGAGAGACAGACAGGCCAGAAGGUCGCAGAGAGAGAGGAGACCCUCCUCCCAGCUUCCACCAAGGCUCCUGAUUGGUCGAGACGCAGAAAACGUGUGUGCAGAAAUCCUCAGUGGUGGGCGGACUACCAAACCACAAUGAAGAAGAGGCUGGUCACUGAGAGGUGGAGGAGAUGGCAGGAGAGAGAUGGAUGGAGGGGGAGGAGGUCAAAGAGGUGUAGAGAAGAGGAGGAGAAAAUGAAACCUGUCUGUGUGAAGGAGCAUGGAGGAGGAGAAGAAAAGGAGGAGAAGAAGGAGGUGGCGGAGCAGCCUGAGAGACCGAGGAGGAAGAUGGUGGGCCCACCAAUCAGAUACCUCCUGGAGUCAGAGGAGCCGUUAACAGCCAAUCAGGAUGGAGCGAUGGGAUUUAAACAGGGUAGAAAACCACAGAAGAAGAGCAAAGCUGGGGGCGGGGCUUCAGAUAACGCAACAAUGAUUGACAGGCCAGAGGACACAGAGCAGAUAGACAAGCACGCAGGUCAGACAGUCACAGAGAGAAAGACGUGUCAGUCAGUCUCACACAGACAGACAGGUCACACGGUCACAGACAGGCAGACGGGUUCGUACAGAUGGAUUUACCAGGUGUACAAAGACCUGCAGAGCAGUCAGGUGACUGUCAUCUCCCCCUGCUGUGUCAAACUGCAGCGCUUCCUCUGAUUGGUUAAUAACAUUUUCUGAACAGGUGAGACAGGACACAUGCUGUCACGUGGGUGGAACAAGGUUCUGCUGCACAGGUAUGAUGAUGAGCAGGUUCUGGUUCUCACUGUACAUCCUGUGUCCAGAUUCAGAGUCGUGUUACUUUGUUACCUGUGAAUCCACUGAGGACACGUAGAAGACAGACGCUGCAGACACAGUGACCCGCUGAGAGCUGUCUGUCCAUCCACCUUCAGCCAACAGCUAAUUAAUGAGACACUUUGAGACUGACUCACUGAGUCCACGCAGACUCUAUGAUUCACGUUCUGGAGAGACGCAAGGACAGAGGAAACGAGGACAAAUGUUUGAAGAGAGACGAAGAGUCGCAUGAAGUUUAUUCACAGCUCCUCCGAGAUCCCUCCUCACUCCUACUGCUGUACUUUUACUUCAUUUAGCUGACAGUACUGCUGUACUUUUACUUCAUUUAGCUGACAGUACUGCUGUACUUUUACUUCAUUUAGCUGACAGUACUGCUGUGUUCGUUGCUCUCUGAAGUAAUAAAACUGUGUUCUGUCCUCGCCUCGUG